GAAAGACGAGCCGCUGGUUCGGGGUGGCUCAGUCCAAGUCGUCGCGGACGAACGUGAACAUCCUGCAGCAGGAGGAGCUGAUCGCGCAGAAGAAGAAGGAGAUCGAGGCUCGGCUGGGGGGGCGGGGAAAGAGAAACUCACUCAGCAUCCAGCAGCUGCCACUGCUCGGGGAUGAUGAAGGCUCUGAGAACGAAACCUCAGUGUCCAACAAGUUUGUGAACGAUGGCAGCUUCCUCCAGCAGUUCCUCAAGCUGCAGAAGGAGAAGUCAAGUGCUGAAACUCCCCCAAGCUCAACCAAUCACUCUGGGAAUUCUCCUGCACCAAGUGGUGGGAAGAAGCCUCUGCUGUUUGGGAAGAGGCCAGGGCAGGUGCUGAGCAGCAUGUUACACCAGGCCAGGAGCUGCUCCCAGCCCAGACACAGCCCAGUCCUCACUCGCCUCAGUGUCUUUCAGUCUCCAGAUGAAGAUGAGGAAGAAGAUUAUGAGCAGUGGUUGGAGAUUAAAGUUUUACCCCCAGAGGACGCUGAGGCCCGGCAGGUGGUGGAAAAGCUGGCUAGGUUCGUGGCUGAAGGGGGACCCCAGUUAGAGAAGGUCGCUAUGGAGGACUACAAGGAUAAUCCUGCUUUUUCGUUUUUGCAUGAUAAGAACAGCAGAGAAUUCCUUUACUACAGAAAGAAAGUGGCAGAGAUAAGGAAAGAGAAUCAAAGUUCUCAGGCAUCUUCUUCCCAGAAAGUUUCACCCCCAGCCGACGAGGAGACCAGGAACUCUGCAGAGACCCUGGCCAGGUUCAUCGCUGCUGGAGGGCCAGAGGUGGAGGCUAUUGCCCUGCAGAACAACAGAGAGAACCCUGCUUUCAGGUUUUUAUAUGAGCCAAACAGCAAAGGCUACAAGUACUACAGGCAGAAGCUGGAGGAGUUCAGAAGGGCCAAAUCCAGCCCUGUGUGUGCCCCUUUGCCUGUGGAGAACAGCUUGAAAAGGAAAAGCAGCCCGGAGGCAUCUCCAUCACCUCUGUGCUUGCCAUCUCUGCCUUUGCCCCUGCCCUCCCCUCUACCUCUGCCCCUGCCGCUCACUCCCCCCACUCCUGCCAACACCACAGCUGCUACUCCAGGCACCACCAAAAAGAAGAGGAAGAGCAGGUGGGGCCCAGAGGAAGACAAGGUGGAAUUGCCUCUCCCACAGCUGGUGCAGCAGCUGGAUUCCCCCUCCCCCCUCUCAGUUCAGGACCUGAAGGGUCUUGGCUAUGAGAAAGGAAAACCAGUUGGUCUGGUGGGUGUGACAGAGCUCUCAGAAGCCCAGAAGAAGCAGCUGAAGGAGCAGCAGGAGAUGCAGCAGAUGUAUGAUAUGAUCAUGAAGCACAAACGAGCCAUGCAGGAGAUGCAGAUGAUGUGGGAAAAGGCCAUUCAGCAGCACCAACACGGCUAUGACAGCGAUGAGGAGGUGGACAGUGAGCUGGGCACGUGGGAGCACCAGCUCAGGCGCAUGGAGAUGGACAAGACACGAGAGUGGGCUGAGCAGCUGACCCAGAUGGGCAGAGGGAAACACUUCAUCGGCGAUUUCCUCCCUCCUGACGAGCUGGAGAAGUUCAUGGAGACCUUCAAGGCAUUGAAGGAAGGACGUGAACCAGAUUACUCUGAAUACAAAGAGUUCAAACUGACCGUGGAGAACAUUGGCUACCAGAUGCUGAUGAAGAUGGGCUGGAAGGAAGGAGAGGGGCUGGGAUCAGAUGGGCAGGGGAUUAAAAACCCUGUCAGCAAGGGAACCACAGCUGUGGACGGGGCAGGUUUUGGCAUCGACCGCCCUGCCGAGCUCACCAAGGAGGAUGAUGAGUACGAAGCUUUCCGCAAGCGCAUGAUGCUUGCGUAUCGCUUCCGCCCCAACCCCCUGAACAACCCACGAAGACCUUACUACUGA